UAACAGCCCAAAAUGACGAUGGCAAUUGAGUAAAUAUCGUAAUACAAAAAAGUAAUAAUAUUAAUUCUUUUUUUUAAAAAUAAAACUAUCUUUUUCGGGUUUUCAUUUUCGUUCCAUCAAAUUCGCCUCCACACUGCUUCGCCCAAAAAUCCAAUCUUAUUCCGACUCCGAUCAUCUUCACAGCUACAAAUUCCGAAGAGAUGUGGCGGUGCGUUUCUCGUGGUCUCCGAGUACCAUCUUCUUCUUCUUCUUCCAAGAGAUCGGUCGUCAAUGAUACCCUGAGAUCUCACAUUUCUCGAUUCUUCUCCUCAGAAUCGAGUACAGGACGAUCCUCAUACACCGUGGUUGACCAUACUUAUGAUGCUGUGGUCGUAGGCGCUGGUGGUGCUGGGUUGAGAGCUGCUAUUGGGCUCUCAGAGCAUGGAUUUAACACUGCUUGUAUUACCAAGCUUUUUCCAACUCGUUCACAUACUGUUGCAGCUCAGGGUGGUAUCAAUGCUGCAUUAGGAAAUAUGACUGAAGAUGACUGGAGGUGGCACAUGUAUGACACUGUCAAAGGAAGUGACUGGCUAGGUGACCAGGAUGCAAUCCAGUAUAUGUGUAGAGAGGCUCCAAAAGCUGUAAUUGAACUUGAAAAUUAUGGACUGCCUUUUUCUCGGACUGAAGAAGGCAAAAUAUAUCAACGUGCAUUUGGUGGUCAAAGCCUUAACUUUGGGAAAGGUGGACAAGCGUAUCGUUGUGCAUGUGCUGCUGAUCGAACUGGGCAUGCAUUAUUGCAUACCCUAUAUGGGCAGGCCAUGAAGCACAAUACACAGUUUUUUGUGGAAUAUUUUGCUCUCGACCUAAUAAUGAACAGUGAUGGUACCUGCCAAGGAGUAGUUGCAUUAAAUAUGGAUGAUGGUACUUUGCACCGUUUCCGCGCUGCCUCAACAAUUCUUGCAACUGGGGGUUAUGGCCGGACAUAUUUUUCAGCAACCUCAGCUCAUACCUGUACUGGAGAUGGCAAUGCCAUGGUUUCACGAGCUGGCCUUCCUCUGCAGGAUUUAGAGUUUGUUCAGUUUCACCCUACAGGUAUAUAUGGCGCUGGGUGCCUGAUCACUGAAGGAUCUCGUGGGGAAGGUGGUAUUCUCAGGAAUAGUGAAGGUGAGCGGUUUAUGGAGCGGUAUGCCCCUACAGCUAAGGAUCUUGCUUCAAGAGAUGUUGUUUCAAGAUCUAUGACUAUGGAAAUUCGAGAGGGCCGUGGUGUAGGACCUUUGAAGGACCAUAUCUAUCUCCACUUGAAUCACUUACCCCCAGAUGUGCUCAAGGAGAGGCUCCCAGGCAUCUCUGAAACUGCUGCCAUAUUUGCUGGUGUGGAUGUCACAAAGGAGCCCAUUCCUGUCUUACCCACCGUGCACUAUAAUAUGGGUGGUAUUCCAACCAAUUACCACGGCGAGGUGGUAACUAUUAAAGGUGAUGACCCAGAUACAGUAAUUCCUGGAUUGAUGGCUGCUGGGGAGGCAGCCUGUGCAUCAGUUCAUGGUGCCAAUAGGCUUGGGGCAAACUCCCUCCUUGAUAUUGUUGUUUUUGGCCGAGCUUGUGCAAAUAGAGUUGCAGAGAUCCAUAGACCAGGAGAGACUCAAAAACCUUUGGAGAAGGAUGCUGGUGAGAAGACAAUUGCAUGGCUCGACAAACUAAGGAAUUCAAAUGGUUCAACACCAACUUCUAGCAUUCGGUUGAAUAUGCAACGUGUCAUGCAAAAUAAUGCAGCUGUCUUCCGUACACAAGAAACUUUAGAAGAAGGUUGUAACUUGAUUGACAAGACAUGGGAGAGUUUCCACGAUGUUAAAGUAACAGACCGAAGUUUGAUAUGGAACUCUGACUUAAUAGAGACUAUUGAGCUGGAGAAUCUUUUGAUAAAUGCCUGUAUUACCAUGCAUUCUGCCGAGGCCAGGAAAGAAAGCAGAGGAGCACAUGCGCGUGAAGACUUCUCUACAAGAGAUGAUGAAAACUGGAUGAAACAUACCUUGGGAUAUUGGGAGAAUGAGAAAGUGCGCCUAGAUUACAGGCCAGUUCACAUGAACACAUUAGAUGACGAAGUCGAGACAUUCCCACCUAAAGCUCGUGUCUAUUGAGAUUUCUGUUCUUCUUGAAGCAGAGUGAUAAAGUAAGCAGCAAACCUUUCCUAGAUGGGAGUAAAGCACCUAAAAAAAUGGCAGAUUUUUAUAGGAACAGAUUUCGACGAAUAAUUGUUGCAUUAAUCAGUAAUAAUAAACUGAUUUGAGCCGAAAGUGUCAAUAAUUAUGCUCAGAGGGACUAUAGUUUCUGUAUUUGCGUGUUGCAGCUAUGAAAAUGAAGAGUUUUGGUUUUUUCA